UGAAACAUGAGACAAGGGCAGACACCCGAGCCUUUCUUCAGGCGUCGCUGGUGAGGCCUGGGUCGUCCACUCUCGUUCUGCAAGGAAUGGGGAAGUUUGAAACGUCCUGCCUCUGAUAGAGCCGAGCUGGCUGUGGUUCUGUAGCCGCUGUGCUUUUUAUUAAUACAUGCAAGAUGGUGUGUGAGCAGUACACUACGACCACAGAAGGCACCCACAUAGAGAGGCCAGAGAACCAGAGUGUCUACAAAAUUGGCAUUUAUGGCUGGAGAAAGCGCUGCCUCUACUUAUUUGUUCUGCUUUUACUCAUCAUCCUCCUUGUGAAUUUUGCUCUUACAAUUUGGAUUCUUAAAGUGAUGUGGUUUUCCCCAACAGGAAUGGGUCACUUGCGUGUUAUGAAAGAUGGACUUCGCCUGGAAGGAGAAUCAGAAUUUUUAUUCUCAUUGUAUGCCAAAGAAAUACACUCUAGAGUGGACUCCUCGCUGCUUCUACAGUCAGCUAAGAAUGUGACUGUAAACGCAUGCAACUCUGGAGGAAAUGUCACAGGCAGAUUAACAGUGGGUCCAAAAAUGGUAGAGGUCCAGAGCCAACAGUUUCAGAUCAACUCCGAGGAUGGCAAACCACUAUUUACUGUCGAUGAACAGGAAGUCGUGGUUGGUACAGAUAAGCUUCGAGUAACUGGGCCUGAAGGGGCUCUUUUUGAACAUUCGGUGGAGACACCCCUUGUAAGCGCCGACCCGUUUGAGGACCUGAGAUUAGAAUCCCCCACACGGAGUCUAAGCAUGGAUGCCCCAAAGGGUGUUCAUAUUAAAGCUCAGGCUGGGAAGAUCGAGGCCCUUUCUCAAAUGGAUGUCGUUUUUCACAGUAGCGAUGGAAUGCUUGUGCUCGAUGCUGAAACUGUGUGUUUACCCAAGUUGGUUCAGGGAACUUGGGGUCCUGCUGGCAGCUCACAAGGACUCUAUGAAAUCUGUGUGUGUCCAGAUGGGAAGCUUUACCUGACUGUGGCUGGCACAGGUAGCACGUGCCAUGAAAACAGUCACAUCUGUCCCUAAGCCAACUGCAUCUUCCACGGAUCACCUGCCUCAUUUUAGUGAGCUUUAAAUGCUGAACUCACGCCUUCACACUUAGAAUAACUUGACAUCCUGUAAAACUGAGACGGCAGUUGGGAAGCAGAAGGACACACUUUCAAAAGGAAGGGGGAAAGAAAAAUGUACCAGUGAAAGUGUUCGAAUGAAACUACAUGAUCUCAAAAUGGCAUGUGGAUAUUGCCAUUUUGACACAAAAGUCAAAAAAAUAUCAAAAGAAUGUGUUUAUGCCACUAGAUUAACUUUCAUCAGAACCCCUGUGACUUCCUUUUCCUUUCUUGUACAUGGCAAUCUACAAUGAACUACUGAAUUGUUGUGUGGAAUUAAUUUAUGAUGUUCAGCUAUGAAUAUCAAACUCCCCGUAAAAAUGGUAUUGGUUGAUAUUAAAAUGCCCCAAAGUUCUAAGAGGUGUUUCCAUUUUAUCAUUCAAAACUAUACGUUCUCUACUUAAAUACAAAGUGUGUCAGGUUUCAGAGGAAAAUCUUCAGGUUUUGAAGGGACUUUCAGAUUUUCAACAUGUAGUCAAAGGAAUAAAUUAUACAGAAUUACAAAGUUAAUCAAGCUUUCUUUAUAUAUAGUCAAUGAGCAAUAAAAAUCAACCUACAUUUUUUGCAAACUUCA